AUGUCAAGGCUGCUGUUAUGUCCCUUACGAGGCAGAGCACAGUCAAUAUCAUCACCAUUCACACGAGGGAUCCAUACCGGUGAAGCUCUUUCCGCUAUUGAUGCAAGACUAUCCAAUCUCAAGGCGUAUGAACUCAAGGAUGUGGCUAUUCAGUGUGGUAUAUCAACGAGUGGAAGGAAGAAUGAGGUGUGCGAUCGCAUCAGGCACCGCUUUGCAUCGGCCAUGAACAGCAUUGCACGACAUGACACCUUUGAAGCCGAUCAAUUGGUGCCAACAUCGGUUGUAUCUCUGGACCUUGGAUACCGCAACCUUGCUCAUGUACAUCUACGGCAUGAUAACACUAUCCUUGCAUGGGAUCGAAUCGACCUUGAUAUACCCGAAGAGGCUUCUUCAUUUCAUCCUUCAGUCAGCGCACCCUUUGUCCGUCGAUACAUUCAAUCAAGUCUGGAGCCGUUAUUGUUUUGCAAGAAAGAUGAUGUGGGUGCUGUAUUGGUGGAACAACAACGCUAUCGUGAAGCUGGUGCUGCUGCGGUGUUGGAAACGACAAUCCGUGUCAAUUGUGUGGAAGCAAUGUUGUGGUACGCUCUGUACGACAUGGUCGAUCGGCAUGAUUCGUUACAAACAAUCCCUUUGGUGGCCAUUCAACGACAAGCGGUGGAUCGUGUAUGGGCACCUGAGUGGGAAAAAUUCAUUACACUAUCAUUGGCAAUGUCAAAGAGAUCAAAAACGUAUCAAAAGAAACAAGCUUGUUCACGUCUUGUGGAGCAUUGGUUGCGAGAGAAUCAGGUUGUGACAUGUCGUGAUACGCAAAUCAAGGAUGGAUUCUUUCAACAAGGGAAAAAGGAUGACUUGAGUGAUUGUCUUUUACAAGCCAUGACCUGGUAUCAAUGGCGACGAUUCAUGGUCGACUAUAUUCGAGAUACUUUAUCAAUACCAUGA